AUGUCUACCAUCACUUUGAAAGAAAGCUGGAACACCGCUCAGACCGUGGUUCGGAUUGAACAACCGGGAAAGUACACCGGACUCGAGAGGAUAAUGCUCGCUGCUCAGGGUGACCUUCAGCGUCUUCUCAGCUCAUUUUUCGCGGAUACCAUCGACAUAGAAGUGAUCUAUGCCAAAAACACUCCGCGGAUUGCCCCCGCCGCUCCAGAUGCCCCUAUCAUUCAAACGCGGAAAGUUCUCCUCAAGUGUCGAUCCGUCGUCGUUUGCACUGCGACAUCCACAGUAACGCUGACCUCCCCUGAAUGUGAACGACUCAUUCUGGAUGAGAAGUUUGCCAUCGGACAAACAUUUAGACAGAUGAAGCAAGUCCCGGCGUUCCUGUUGAAGGACAUAGAGCUUAAUGAAACUCCCGCGGGUGAGGAAGAGCUGAGGAGAACGUAUACCCUCACUUCUCCUGGAAUUGAAUGCGAAAUCUUGGAGGUUUUCCCUUCAAGGGACAUGUUCGUGUAUGGCGAGGAGUGGCUCGCGAAGCAACGUCUGAUUACCAGCAUGCGCUGGAGUCCUGAGACCGACGGUUCUUCUUCUGGUUCUGAAUAG